GGGGGUGGAGUCCACGUGACUCGCGUAAACAGCUGACGGCGGGAGAGAGAGAGGGGGGGAAGCGGGCGCCACACACAAACAUUUUGAAUUUUUUUAAUGAAAUAAAAACAACACACACACACAAACAUUUUGAAGAUUUUUCCCCGUCCCCCCUCUACCUCUCGCGGCGGCAUCAGCAGCAGCGGCGGCGGCGGCUUCUCCCGCUUAAGCGCGCCAUGUUCGAGACGUUUCGGGAACGACUCCUGAACGUGCAGCAAGACCUGAGCGCAGGGCUCAAGACACUGAGUGACAGGUCGAAGGAUGUCAACGUGAAACGGAAGUUAAGCAAACAAGACGAAUAUGAUCCUUGCCUGAACGCAGGCACUGAGUUGCUGAACAGAUAUGAGGACAGCUGGUCGGAGCUGCACAGACAGGCCGAGGCCUGCGCACGGCUGGGAGAGGGAGUGGACGCGCUGGCCACCGCCGUCUCGGCCUCGUGGGAGCAGCGCUGUUCGCGGCUUGCCGAGCUCGUGGUCCAGAUGCGUCUCCUGCCGUCGGUGGUGACUCAGCUCGACUCGCUGCUCGCCACGCUCGGCCAGCUGGAGGGAGAGUGUGAGGAGCUGGAGGACCGGCUGGGCCACCUGGAGGACAUGUGCGAGGAGUGCGAGCUGCGCAGGGCCACGGAGCAGCACGCUCGCGACGCGCUCGCUUACGAGCAGCGCAAAGGCCCGAUCGAAAAGGAAUUGGAGAAAGAGCACGAAGCCUUCAAAAUGGAGCUGGAGGGGGAGCACGUGCGCCGGAGCUGCGAGGCGGAGCGGUCGCACGCGCUGCGCCUGCGUGAGCGCCAGCGCUUCUUCGAGGAGGCGUUCCAGCAGGACGUGGAGCACUACCUCUCCACCGGCGUGCUGCAGCUGCACAGCGCGGGGAGCGGCACGCGGCAGCCGCUGGGCAGCGUCUCCUCCAUGGAGGUGAACGUCGACCUGCUGGAGCAGGUGGAGCUGCUCGACGUGUCGGACCACGAGGCCCUCGACGUCUUCCUCAACUCCCCCUCGUCUCCCUCCGUGGCGUCCGCGUCGGACUCCUCCUCCUGCUCCUCCACCGCCACGUCGGCCACCUCGUCCGUGUCCUCCAUGGGACCCAGCUGCCAAACGUCCCCGCGCCACGUGUGGCGCGCCAGCUCCACCACCAGCAGCAGCAGUGAGGCGUCCGGCCCCGACUCGUCGGCGCUCUUCUCCCCCCUGCCACCCCCUCCCCUCCCCCCGCUCUCCCCCCCCACCACAACCGCCACCGCCGGCAACUUCACGGCCAACAUCGCCGCCGUCGUCGCCACCGCCGUGGGGGCUAACGACGAUGAAGACGAGGAGGAGGGUAACGGAGUGGCGGUCCCCUCCGUGCAGGCGGAUGAGGAGGAGGUGUUUGUGGACACGGAGCUCACGGCCGCCUCGGAGGACUCGUCGCCUCGGCCCUGUGACUCGGACACUGACUAGCGGGCGGGCGGGCAGUCUCAAAAUCAGUCUAACAGGUGCGGGACAGUCUUACCAUCAGUCUAACGGGUGGACGGUGUAACGAGCGGUUGGUCCAGUCGAGCGGGGUGAUCUGACCGCCGGCGUGUAAAGAGGAGUAGAUGAACUCGCGAGUGAAUAGUCAACAAGGGCAGGUGGUUUUAUAAUCAGACGGUGGAACGAGUGAGUUGUCCGAUGAGUGGACGGUCUAACCAUCAGUUUAACGAGCUAACGGUGUAGCGGGCGGACGGCCUAAUGGCUAGACGGUCUAACCAGCGGCCUAGCAGGUGGCCAAGCUAACGGGUGGAUGGGUAUAAUACGUGGACGGAGAAUCUUAACGAGCAUCCAGUUUAUCGGAUGGACAGUCUUAACCAUCAUUCCUAAUCAGCAUCCAAUAUAAUGGGUAGUCCACUGCGUAGACAGGCUAACGAUCAGACGGCCUUACAUGGCGGGGGGGGGGUCUAAUGAUAUUUCUAUCUUCUGUGGAGGGUAGCCGUGCAAACAGUCCGACGAGCAGACAAUCGAACAGGCAGACGGCGUUGACCGGCCGAUGGCUGUAACUUUUUGGCAGCCCUAGAAGGGCUGGAAGUUUGAAGGAUUGGAUGCUGUCACCUAGUGAUGGAUGGCUGCAUGGUGGAACGAAUUAACGGGCAGUCUUUAACGAGCAGCAAGUGAGCAGCAGGUUUAAUUAGCGCCGCCUUGCCUCGGCCAGAAUCUGAAUGUGCGCGACUUUGUGUGGGGGAGUGAAUGAAAAAUUGGGUUAACAAUGAAACUAAAAACGCAAAAACGGUGUUUUUUUUGUCGCGAUACUUAGAAUCCAUUUGGAGACCUUGCAGAGCAGUGAGAGAGACGGCCCGCAGAAGCGGACAUUGCAGAACUACCCUUGAGAUCCCUUCAAGUGAAUUUCCAUCCACGUGGUAAGGGGCAGCACUUAUCUCGCACUUAACUAGCAACAAAAUGAAUAAGCGGACCAUGUCUCCUUCGUGUCUAUCCGUCUCUCCACGUGCAAAAUAAAAGUGAUUCUUACACCAACCCAUCAGCCGUGUAGUCUGCUGGGAGAGCAUCAUUUCAGGAGAAUUGAUUCAAGACGAGCAAAACCCUGGGCCAGUUUUCGACGUUCAGCGUCUCAUCAGUGGCAGGGGUCAGGUUUGCUUGAAGCAAAGCUUUGUGUGAGCUGCCGUUCCUUUACAGGCCACGUGUUUCAGGCCUGUCCGCUUGUCGAAACGCAACGGCGUGCCCGACCGCGUGUGUUUGGCCCCUUUGUCAAUCCGCUGCUGGAUGAAGGCCUCCCCGUGCCGUGCCAGUCCUGGGUGCUGUUUGGCCAUACUUCACCACACCCGGGGUGAGCGUGAGUUGGUGAACGGGGGCAGGCACCCAGGACCACGUGUGGAGUCACGCGCCCCCAAUGUCACCCGUUGCUGGGAAUCUGAACCAAAAGGGGGUAGCCGGGUUUGUAGUGCAGUGCGCUGUACAACGUAAUAACCGUCAAUUAAAAGUAAGUUUUUUUGUAAUUCAUUAACAUAAGCUUAAACUAGUGCCCUAUCCUGGAUUUAAGGCUGAAAUCAUCAUCAGCUAUGGUCGACCCUAUGCUGGAUUUAAGGCCUCUCCAAAUCCACCGGUAUCACUCACAGUCCUGUGACAGAAUACUGAUUCAUCUCGAAGAUAAAGAUAAUUAUUUUUAGGUUGCGUCUUUAAGAGGCACUGAGGACUCGCUUUCACACUGGCCCUAAUCCCUAGCACUAAGCCUGAAGACUAAUGCCUCGCCAGCCUAUACGUCUAGGCCUAACCCGAGCCUGAGCAUUAAUCUCUGCAAGCCUCGCACUUACACUAACCAGUAGCCAUAGCUUUAGUCUUAGCCAUAAGGUAAAGGAACAGCCCUGCAAUGUCUUGCUCUCACCACUGCUGGCGUAUGUACCUAUGUUUGUAUGUACGUCGAACUUAUUUCGGGCCGUGCGUAGACCACGGCGCUAAUCGGAGGUGCGCGGGAAGGGACGGCAAGCUAAACACACAAAAAGUCAAGUUUCUAAAGAAGCGAGUGGGGAAACAAGGGGCCUUCACUGCAGGCCGAGCGAGAGACGGCCCCCGCCAGGGAGGGAGUUCAAUCCUCCUCCGUCACACUCGGAAGAGGCGGGAGUUCACCCACACUUUUACCCCGUCGCACGCGACCUGCCGGUCGUCGACUGAGCUAGCUGCCUCAUACCCCUCGAUGCUGCUUGGUUGACACUAGUGGCAGGAGGAGGAGGAGGGGGGGAGAUUUUAAAACUUACAAACUUACAUUUUUUUUUUCUCGGUUGCCUUGCCCGGGAGUUCUAGCCAGUGACCUCUGGAUUGCAAGUCCAGUUUACUAACCACAUGCCAACGCCAAUGACCUCGGCAUUUUAUUCCGUAUUUAAUAAUGAUAUUAUUAUUAUUGUUGAGCCUCAGGUGGGCGCUGCUACAAUGAGAUGUUUGGCCAAUGCCAUUAAUAAGCGCGCACAUUAUUUUUCGCCCAUCGUUCCCAAGGCAGGACCCUCCUGGAAAAAGAGAAGUCUUGAGACUCGGUUGAGUAAAAUUAGCAAGUGGUGUGCUGCUCUUCCUGUGUAUGGGAUUGUUUGAGGUGUGUUAUCCCCACGUUGGAUUCGAUUUUCUCCAAACGCACGGUUUUACUCGCAUAAUAACGAUAAUAAUACUUUACAUCCCCUUGCUAAUCCACUGCUGGAUGAGUGCCCUGCCUAUGCUGUGUCGGUGGGCAGAAAUUAAUCUGUGAACCUCCUGGCAGAGGUCGCAAUCGGGUACCUGAUACCCGUACCCUACCCGAUACCCGGCUACCCGUACCCGGCCGGGUACGGGUAGCCGUUUGCGACCCUGGUGCGGCCGGGUACGGGUACGGGUAAGGAAUCAAAACCCGUUUGCGACCUCUGCCUCCUGGACAUCUGUGAUGAAAGAGAUUCAUAGGUUUAUCGGAUUCCUCGAGUCUAAAUAAAGAUUCUGAUGGAAAAAAAAUGAAAGAUUGUGAUUCUGACAUUCGUGUCGGAUGAGUGUUCGACUUUCCUCAACGUGGCACUUGCUUUGUAGGCCUUGCGGGGAUGAUUAGUCGAGUCCACCCGUGACCAGGAUUUGAACUUGGAAACUUGAGAUUGUGAGCUGAUCGAUCUUAACUCACACCACCGCCCGGACUAAUGAUCACUCAACUGGUGCAGGGUAAUAACGAUCCACCGCUUAAUAGAUUUAUAAUAAAUCUCAACAUCUUCGUCAGUGAUAGUUCACCAACGCUUACGAUAAAUGAAGCCUCUGGUGUGCGUUUUGAGAAUCGGCUACUUUCAUUCCGUAAUAAAUUUUUCCCGGUCGGGUCGCAUAAAUAACGUUGUGUCGGAUACCCCUCCUCCACCCGACGCAGCUCGAUUAAUAAACUUGGCACGUGGUGAAUGCGCGUGGCCAGUUCAUCACCGCUUCAGCAGCGGCACCCACCCCUGGCAUUGCUGGUGAGUAAUCAUUUCGCGACAUUUGACAACUCUGCUACGGUGCGGCGUCAAAUUUUUAUCCCGAUUCGUACGCUUAAGUUUAAAUUUUUUUUUUAUUUAUCUGUGAGCCUUUCGGCUCUUGAAUCGGGUGCAACCGCAACAAACAAAAAACAAAAACAUGAACAAGAAAACAUCUUAAAGUGACUGUGCGUAAACAGAAAAAUCCAGGAAAAGACAGCAAAAUAUUCCAGAAAAAGCACCGUACACCAACGCUGUGUGCAAAAAUCCCAGUGGGAUGCAAGUCAAACAACAACAACCACAAGACAACUUACAUUAAAGCCAUCAGUCUAACUCCGUACUACAACAAAGCUUCAACAAGCUUGAUGUCUGCAAUUGGCUCGCGGACAGCCCUGCCAGCCACAAGAGAAUGCUGCCGUUCACCACAGCGUUGGGGAAAGAUGAACAAAACACCCAUGUCAGUAGAGGAUUACCUCAAUCCGGUUGUGGUCCCGAAUCACGGAAAUGUCUGGGUUUUCAAGCCUCAUGGAUCAAUUGUAUGCGUGACACUUGAAGCUACCAAACGGCCGCUGGUGGUGUUGGCGCUGGUGGUUGUUUCUUAAUGGACGUGUCCUGGUCAGUGGUGUGUGUGUGUGUCCCCCCCCCCCCGAAGCUUUUGUGACACUUGGGAUAUUCCGUCCCUUUUAAUUGUUUUAUGUUCUGACCUCAUGCCAAUAUAAAUAAACUACGAUAAAUUUUAAAUCCAAUAUGGUAAACCUAGACCGAUAUUAAUGACCUUUCGAAACGAUAUGAAAGACUUUUCUUAAUUCUAGAUUUGAAGCUUUCGUAACUGCAAGGAUUCAUAUUCUUAGGUUUUUUCGGUAAAGUCACGUGGGUAAAAAAUUUCAAUUAAUAAAAGUAACAUAAAAAUAAAAUAAAAUCACGACGUUUUGGAGGCAACACAAGCUUCCGUCUUCAGGUGGAACCGUCACAGCACGAUAGCUGUAUCAAGUGAGAGAAAUUCCAAGAAAACAGUCCUUGUAUAUAUACUGGCUGAGGGUGGGAGAAGCCAAGGUAGGCCCUGAAUAUUAUUUUCCUAAGCUCAAUUAUCGCAAACAACGUGGUUUUUUCAGAGUAGCCAGCGACCACAUCACGCCACGCUUGCAUUGACAUUCGUUUUUAUAUUUGCGCGCAGUUACGAGCCAGUUAGGAUUCCUCACGAAAUGGAUGAAAAAAAAAACUGGCUUCAAAGGUUGACUUUCGUCGUUCACACGUUAAUUUCUCAGAACCAUGUUGGGUCAGACAAGGGGGUUACUCGGUUUAGACAAAAUUGAACAAGGAGGCUGACACGGGUAGCCCAAAAAAUGUUGAGAACCACCCGACUCAACUGAUCGCCGAUACUUCAAUUCGAUUGCCGGGUGGCAAAAAUUUAAUCGACUUUGGUGCGUGAACAUUGGUUGGGUUUAUUUUAUGUCUGAAGGUCGUCAUCGUCGUGAGAUGUGAGGAUAAUUAAAAUGUAAAGCGACGCGCACCCCCGUUCCAGUAAAGAUUUGCCUAACAAUAACAACGGUUAGCACGCAGCAGUGUGAACUCGAGUUAAGUUGCGUUAUCUUCUUGGUUCUUUCGGUAAAGUCGUGUAGAAG